AUGCCCGUCGAGCUCCGUAAGCGCAAGGAAGCGCCCCCAGCGCCUGUGCGCCCGACAAAGAAGAAGGCGCCCGCCAAGGAGAAGAAGCCCGAAGAAAAGACUGUCGUUGAGAAAGUCCAGGAAACCGUCACUGAGCAGGUCGAGGCUGUCAAGGAAGCUGUUGUCGGUAAGAGCAACGGCGAGUCCGCUGCUGCUGCGACCGGCCCACCCAAGGUCGGCGACACAAUUGACCUCGCGUCCUUUGGCGGAGAAUUCGAGACGAAUGACGGAGACAAGACAACGCUUGCAAAGCUCGUAGAGCAGAGCAAGGCCGGCGUCGUACUCUUCACCUACCCCAAGGCCUCAACGCCAGGAUGCACAAAACAAGCCUGCCUCUUCCGCGACUCCUACGACCCCCUCACCGCAACCGGCUACUCCAUCUACGGUCUCUCCGCCGACAGCCCCAAAGCCAACACCACCUUCAAGACCAAGCAGAAGCUGCCCUACACCCUGCUUUGCGACCCUUCACAGAGCCUCAUCAAGGCCAUUGGCUUCAAGAAGCCGCCGAAGAGCACGACGCGCGGUGUCUUUGUUGUUGACAAGGAGGGCAAGGUGCUGGCGGUGCAGCCUGGUGGUCCGGCGGCUACGGUUGAUGUUGUGAGGGAGCUUGUGGGUGAUAAGGAGGGGGUGCCGGGGAAGGGGGAGGUGGAGGCGGAGAAGAGAGAGGAUGAGGAGAUGGCUGAGACGGCUGGGGAGGUUGCUGAUAGUGCGGCUAAGGUUGAUGGUUAG